AUGACGGAGGAUGUGCCAUGGUUAAUCAAGGUAGAACUCAUAGAGGAGCAAAGUAUUGAUACACCGAUUGGUGUUGGUGUUGCGGUGAUUUCGUCGACCGAACGAUGUUGGAUGGACCUAAUCAUUGACUUCUUAGUCGAGGAUCGAGUCCUGAAUGAUGAGAAGGAAGCUAAUAGGGUUCGUCGAGUAGCUGCUCGGGUGCCGGACUCUCUUAUAUCUGAUAACGGAUUGCAGUUCGACAGCAAGGCCUUUCGCGAGUUUUGUAGUGAUCUUGGCGUCAAGAACAGGUACUCCACCCCGGCGUAUCCACAAAGUAAUGGACAAGCUGAAGCCACUAACAAGGCGAUUGUAAAUGGAUUGAAGAAAAGGCUGGACGGUGCAAAGGGCAGGUGGGCCGAGGAGCUACCCAGCAUUCUGUAG